GAGGCACUAGGCAGGCACCUUCUUAAAGGGGCAGUUCCAGCUGGCCGCUGUGAACGCACUUUUUGGAAAACAAUAUAAAAAUUUGGGUAGGGGGGAAUCGAGGGCAAGCCUUUCUCAUUAAGAUGCAUGGGCUAUGUGCUUCUGAUGUCAUGCAUUUUUAAAUUCUCUUUUGGGGGGCGGGGAGCUCAGCUCUCUUGCAACUCAUCAAAGAAGAGACUGAGGGUGGGGGCCCCCAAGGGGCAUUCUGUCCACCUCCGUGGCUGCCUGCCUAGCCCACCCUGAAACUUCCCGCCCCCUCCCCACGAGGAGCCUGCCUGGCAUUCGAGUAGUUCUGUAGGCAGAGAGGAAUGAGACUGUAGCUUAAAGAUAAGCGCCUUUUUUUUUUUUUUGCAUGCAAAAGGUCUCCGUUUCAAUCCCCAGCAGCGACGGAGGAGGGCUGCUGCCAGUCUGUGCAAGCAAUGUUUAGUUCAAUUUCAACGAGGGCAGGCAUGAUCGUGCCCCCUGGAUCGGUGGUCGUCCUGGACUGGCACAAGACCCAAGAGAGCAAGGAGUACUUUGAUGCUCUCUUGCACCGGAACAGGCGCAAGUUCUUUGGGUCGAUUGAGAGGCCGGUGCUCCCUCCUCAAGUGGCUGCUGACGUCGUGAGCUACAAGGUCUUUGUGUCGGGGAAGAGCGGCGUGGGCAAGACCGCCUUGGUGGCCAAGCUGGCCGGUCUGGAAGUGCCUCCGGUGCAUCACGAGACAACAGGAAUCCAGACGACCACAGUGUACUGGCCGGCAAAGCUGAGAGAGAGCAGCAAAGCCCUCUUUUUCAAGUUCUCCUUCUGGGACUGUGGAGAAGCUGUGCUCAAGAAGUUUGAUCACAUCCUCCCGGCGUGCACGGAGAAAGUGGACGGUUUCCUCUUUCUCUUUUCCUUCACGGACCGCGCGUCCUUCGAAGACCUGCCGAACCAAAUCUCUCGCGUGGCCGAAGGGGCCAAGAAGGCCGUCAAGAUGGUGAUCGGCACCAAGUUUGACCAGUUCGCGCACACCGACGUCACGGGACCUGACAUGGCCGCCUUCCGCCACACGUGGGGCUUGCCUGUCCUGCGGGCCAAGAGCGUCAACGUGCGGCGGCUGGCCGACGGGCACUCCCUGGACGGCCGCGCGGGGCUCUCGGACGUGGCCCACCUCCUGAACGGCCUGGCCGAGCACCUCUGGCGCCAGGACCAAGUGGCCGCAGGCCUGAUUCUGCCCGCCCCUGGGCCCCCAGAGCCCACUCCGUGUUGACAGGGCCUGCUGGCAGCAAACGGUUCUCCGAAUGCUGCACAAAAGCUGCCCACGGAGGGAAAAGGCAGCACAAAGCCUUCCCACUUCCACGCCUGGGAGACCGGCCAGGCUGAAGGCCAUGUUGCCAUGGCGCCCACGGUGGGGGAAACCCCUGAAUUAGGAGGGGGCCAGCAGCCAGGUGAUCCUCUGGGGGAGCCCCUCCCUCACUGACAGCCGUGCGCCGAGACCCCAGCACCCUCUUAGAAUUUGCAUUCAGUAAUGCAGAGUAGUACUAUCGCCGUGGCGGUCCGAAUGGGGGCUUUAGCCUGGACUGAAAAGGUAGGAGAACUCUCUGACUUCUCUUUAGUCAUAUUGGCAAUCUUCCCUGUAAGAGGGAAUCCCAGAUGCUGGGAUUUGUAGUCAACAACAUCUGGGAUUUCCUCUUGCAGGGAAACGCCGGUCACAGGUUGGAGCUGUGCUUUUAAAAAAGGUGUCUUUAUAUAUAUAUAUGUGUGUGUGUGUGUCUUAAGUGACUUUUUAAGAAGGGACUUUCAAAAGAAGUGACUUUUAAAGAAGUGCUUUAAACAUAAGUAUUGUUUUUGCAAGAACUAGAUUUUAUAUUUUCCCAAAAACCUGGGAGAGUGGCUAUUGUUCCUUUAUCCUGGCUACUCUUGAUGCAGCCUAGGGUCCGUUGGGUACCUAGCUCAGGCUAAUCUGAUUAAGGCUGCAAUCUUAGGCAAGCUUGCUAAAGAGUAAGCCCCACUGAACAAAGCGGGGCUAAAAUCCAAGUAAACAUCCCUAGGCUUGAACUCUCCAUCUAACACCUCCUGAACUCCAUGUUAAGGCAGUCCAAACGACAGGCUUUAGGGUUUUCCAGGUAUGUCCUGUUUUCUUGUUUAUUUUGCCCAACAUCCGGCCUGAAGAAGAGUUCUGUGAUGUUUGGAAGCUUGCUUACAACUUUGCCAUUUGAGCUGAUCUUUGUAAAGGUUUUAUCUUCCUGGGUUGGGGGCGGCGGCGGCGGCGGCUUGCACUCACUGCCUUGUUCUCUGUGUGGGUUCCUUCCCGUUUGUAUCACCAUUAUAGCAAUGAGUUAAAGUAAAACUCCUUGAAUUUGGAAAGGAGA